AUGGAGUCCCUGCAGGACAUAUACAACAGCCUUGGAGAUAUCUACGAGGUUUCCGAGAUAAUCGCUUCCCGACCGAACAUUCUCCCUGCUCUCGCAAACUUACUCGUCAAGGUUAUGCUUGACAAGGUAUAUGAUAUCCGCCUCAACCAUAAGCACUUUGAUAUUGCAGGAAGCGAGCAAGUCGUUGGUUUUACUGGCCAGGGCUUGCUAGUACCCAGCGAUCUACUCGUAAAGGACGGUGCUGCCAUCCCCUAUGAGUUUACAUACACUACCAACAAUCCACCUCCUGAGCCUAGCUCUGAAUUCCUGGAAUCUUGGUGUAGUAUACUUCGAGCAGAAGGAGUAGAGGGUCUCCUAGGAUUAUCCAUCCGAGGCAAUAGUGUGCCGGCAAUCGCUCACGAGGUAUCCGACCCCGAGAACCGUGUCAAUAGGUUGGUCUUCGGUGAUGAUGCGGCAUAG